AUGGAACGGUUUUCAUACCAAGAAUAUUGGAAACUUGUGAGCUCACAACCCGACGGCCCAGUCGAAACCUACCUAUGCUCUUACAUUGUGGAUUGGAGAAAUCAGACUGCACGAAACUUUCGAGAGCUUAUAGCACAGCCUAUGCAAGUCUUUGACGAGAAAGACUUGAUGUGGCAAAACAGCACCACCUGCAAGGAAUUGGUAGCCUUAAUCCAAGAUUUACUUGGUACAAACGUUGUGAAGAAAGUUCUUUGCUUCGGGCUUGGUGAUUUUUGCCGCUCCGCCCCUGAACGGCAAAAAAAACAGUUUGACUAUUGGGAUGAAACCUCAGAUAUAGAAGAUGUGAUGGGCUGUAUAGUCCAGCAUUCGAUGGCUCUCACUAUUGCUCAACGUUGCUGUGGCAAUGAACCAGUGCCAUUACUUACUCAGGACCCAGACUAUACAAAGGUCGCAGAAGAGAUCUUGACCGAGAAGAAAUUUGACAUUGUUGGAACUCAUGGUGCAGGAGGAUUCGCAGAAAUCGACGAAGAAUCGAUCGUGAUAUCGCCCUUUCCUGCCGCUCCAGUCAAGCAGAUUAUCGCUGAUAUUGCUCGGCCUGUGCUCAUUAUUUCCACCGGCUUUAAUAUCUUGAAUAUUGAUGCAAAACCAUCAGCAGAUCCUGAAUCUCCGAGAACCAGGCAAAUGUGGCUUGAUUAUGAUUCCUAUUGCCUUCCAGGCCAUUCUGAUGAUGUUAAGAUACGCUGUGCGUUGAAGGGAUUAAAUUUGUAUCGGAGACGCCAGCAAUCUCUGGAUUCGCAAGGAGCCUGA